UUCAUAUGUAAAUAACAAUAAUCGUCAAAGAAUGUAGAAAUUAGAUUAUUUUAUAAUUCACUUUUGCAUACAAAACUACUAGGUACCUACAUCGUGAGAUAUUGAACAUUUUCAAUUCGUAAAAAAGUACUCAUAGAAUUUAAGUUUAGUUUAGCUGGCUUUAUCUUUAGCUUACCGAAAAACGGCUUAACAUGGGUUCGGAACAGUCUUUACCGCCAAAGCAGCCGCAGCGAGCACCGCCAGUGCGUCGAGGGUAUACCGUAGCUGGUACUAGCUUUGCAGAUGUCCGCCGUCCUGACGCUUCAGCAAGUGGCAACAAUUCGCCUGGUGCUAGCAUGUGUUCAGAUUCAGAGUUGCCGUAUAUUUCCUAUACAGUGGAUCGACCGAUUGGUGAUUCCCCAAAGAACACGUCGAAAUUACAACGCGACGGGAAAAAAGCGCUCCAACGACGUCAAAUGAGUUUACAGUCAAGAAAAGGAAAGCGAAGCCGGGAUAUAGUGGUAGUUAAGGCCGCUACAGAUACACAAUUAGAUGAAGAUAUACAGAGGUUGCAGGAGAUACCAACAUUCCUGCCGAUCAUGAGGGGUACUUUGGGUCUACCUGGUGCUCGGGACCCUGAGGUUUUAGAAGGUCUAGACUGUCGUCCGUGGGUCCGUCUAGUGUGUCGGCUGCAAGCGCACCUGGCUGCGUGCGCGCAUCCGCUCUGCGCGGCGCAGGCGCAGAUCGUGGAACAGAUUAAGGAGUGGUGUUGUGCACAACAGACGGACAGCCUGGCGGCGCGGCUGCACGGGCUGUGCGUGGAGCGGCAGCGCGCGAACGCCCGCGCGGCCGAGCGCCUCGCGCGCGCACGCGACCUCGCGCACCACCUCGCGCGCUGCAACGCGACGCUCACCACAACUUUGCGUGACGUGAACGAAUUAAAUUCUCUACUGCCAGAAGAUAAACGAUUGGAACCUUUUGUGUGGAAACCGAAGAAAUAGUUAAAUAAAUAUUAUAUGGAAACUAUACUUACCUGUUUGUAACUAGGUAAAUCGUGUAUGAUCUCUUCAUAGGUUUUAUGUUAAUAAAGACUAUUAUAAUAUAA